AGGCCCCGCCCCGCGCGUGACGCCAGCGUCAGGCCAGUCCCGGCAUGCUCCGCGCCCGCCGGCGGCCGAGCGCAGAGGAGAGGAAUUUUCCUCGUGAGCAGCCCAGGCUCAGUUCAGCCGCUGUCCAGACGUGGGUCGGCGCGACUGCCGCCUCCAGCCGUUCCCCUACCGCUCGCCCGUCCGCCUGAACGCCCCCAGCCCUCCCGCGAGGGCGCCCCGGGACGGAAGGAUCCAGCAGCCUGUCGGCGCCCGCCGUUCUCGUGGUCGCCGUCGCCGUCGUCGUUGUGAUAGUCUCUGCCGUCGUCUGGGCCAUGGCCAAUUACAUCCACGUCCCGCCCGGCUCCCCGGAGGUCCCCAAGCUGGACGUCACGGUUCAGGACCAGGAGGAGCAGCGCUGCCGGGAGGGGGCCCUGAGCCUCCUGCAACACCUGCGGCCGCACUGGGACCCUCAGGAGGUGACCCUGCAGCUUUUCACAGAUGGAAUCACAAAUAAACUUAUUGGCUGUUAUGUGGGUAAUACAAUGGAGGAUGUAGUCCUGGUGCGAAUUUAUGGCAAUAAGACUGAACUAUUGGUCGAUCGAGAUGAGGAAGUGAAGAGUUUCCGAGUGUUGCAGGCUCAUGGCUGUGCACCACAGCUCUACUGUACCUUCAAUAACGGACUGUGUUAUGAAUUUAUACAGGGAGAGGCACUGGAUCCAAAGCAUGUCUGUAACCCUGCCAUUUUCAGGCUAAUAGCACGUCAGCUGGCUAAAAUCCAUGCUAUUCAUGCACACAAUGGCUGGAUUCCCAAAUCUAAUCUAUGGCUAAAGAUGGGAAAAUAUUUCUCUCUCAUUCCCACAGGAUUUGCAGAUGAAGACAUUAAUAAAAGGUUCCUAAGUGAUAUCCCGAGCUCUCAGAUUCUUCAGGAAGAAAUGACUUGGAUGAAGGAGAUUCUUUCCAACCUGGGCUCGCCUGUUGUGCUUUGCCAUAAUGACCUAUUGUGUAAGAAUAUAAUCUACAAUGAGAAACAAGGUGAUGUACAGUUCAUUGAUUAUGAAUAUUCUGGAUACAACUACCUGGCAUAUGAUAUUGGAAAUCAUUUCAAUGAAUUCGCAGGUGUGAGUGACGUAGACUACAGCCUUUAUCCAGAUCGAGAGCUGCAGGGCCAGUGGCUGCGUUCUUACCUCGAGGCCUAUAAAGAGUAUAAGGGCUUUGCAACUGAAGUUACUGAAAAGGAAGUAGAAAUCCUCUUUAUUCAAGUCAAUCAGUUUGCAUUGGCUUCACAUUUCUUUUGGGGAUUGUGGGCUUUGAUUCAAGCCAAAUACUCUACUAUUGAGUUUGAUUUCCUUGGGUAUGCAAUUGUUCGCUUUAACCAAUACUUUAAAAUGAAGCCUGAGGUUACUGCAUUAAAAGUGCCUGAGUAAAGAAGACGUUUAACUAUUCUGAACAAUGCUUGCGAAUCUUAAACUCCAAAAAGCCAAUUAUUUGUUAAAAUUCUUUUAAUUUGGUUAUCUUGCUUUACAAAUUAUGCCUCCAAACAACCAAUUUAUUUUUUAAAUAGUCCAAAUGAUGUCGAGAAGUAUACCUACUGCUGUCAGUAUGUGGUGGGUUAGAAGUUUGUUAAAUCAGCAAAAAGGUAUAAAGAUGUCGAUUUAAUCCUUUGAUAAUUUAAUCUAUGUUAUAUGUAAAUUAUUUAUUAUGAAUUUAACAUGAUUCUGCGACUGCUUCCAUCUGUUUCAUGUUUGUUGAGUGUAAGCAAUGAAAAUUUCCCAGAGAAAUUGUUUUUUUAAGUUUUACUUUAAUAAGAUUGAUUUUAGUAAGCAUUUUAGAUGUUUAGUAUAACCUUUUUAUUUUGACAUACUGUAAGUAAAGUGAAUCAUUUACUCUUGAAAUGCCAGGCACUGAUUUAGGUAACUUAGGAUGUUCAUAGAAAAAUAUCUGUUUAGGAAAGUGAAAUACAUUCACGAUCUAUGCUAGUGGUACAUCUUUCUGAAGUGUUAGAAAGUUUUUUUGGUGGGGGAACAUACCUUAGAAUUAAAUUCCCCUCUUUCUGUGUAGUCUGGCAGUGUAAAUAUUAGUAUUUACCAUAUAAUCCUGGAAUACAUAUGAUGAUGUUAUGUUACCAAAACCUGCAUUAAAUGAUGUUUUCGUAUACUAAAUAUGGUCAUUUAAGUUACUAGUUACUAGUUACUACUAAUUUGUUUUUAAAAUUUUACUAUCUCAAAUUGUUUCUAACCAAAAAGUUUGCUUUCCUUAUUGAGAUGUUCUGUGUUUUGUUUGUUACUAAACAGUCGCUAGUAGAACAGUUGCUAAUUUCUGAAGCAGAGGUAGAAUGCAUAUUAGCCCUGGGAACAAGAAAGUGUCAUGUGGAUUAAUUCUUUUUAACCUUUCCAGAUUCAUUCCUUACAUUUUGGUUUUAUGUCUUAGUUUGGCUCCAUGUCUUUAGAAUGAUAGCAGAUGAUUCCUUGAUACAUGUAGUUUAAGAGAAAUAAGUUGAGGUGGUUAAAAUAAUUAAAUAAGGAACUUUUAGAACAUCGGUCUUGUACACGUAAAAUCUGAUACAACGAAAUAUGAGUUAAGCAGAAAUAUUCAUGGUAGGAGAGCUUCUGUUUGUUUUGAUUUCUUUUGCUUUUGUUUAAGUGUUUUGUUUGAGAGUGAGAGGAUGGCAGUUAUUAUUUGGAAGGAAGUUAGGUUGUUGGGAUAGAUAAGCAGGCUUCAAGUUCUGAAGACUGCCGUGUGGGGUUAUGCAGUCAUGGUUAACUUCCCUUAGAAAAUUAGUCUGACAAGCUUUGCACUUUGGUCACAUAAGUGCCCAUGUACAAAGUUGGCUUAAUGGAUCUGCAUAUUCAGAAUAUGCAACUACAAAUUUAUCCUCUGAGAAAUCUUCUGGGGAAUCUGAUGUAUUAUUCCAAAUGACUUAGAGUGUCAGAUAAGUGCUUUGAAAUACUUGGCUUAUCUCAAGAUGUUUAAUGUUAAUAAAGUAGGUGGAAACACUUACAGGCCAUUUAAAAUGGUAAAUUCUAGUUACAUGAAUAGAAUCUUAAAAUCUGUUUGCAUCUAUAACAGUGUUAGACCAAGGUUUGUUUUCUACCUCCCCAAUGUUACAAAUGUUGAAUUCUGUUUUUAUAAACGAUAUUACUGUAGGAUCAGUAGAAUUUUAUGUAAUUAACUAAAUGAAAGGAACCAACUAAACAAUAGCUUUUUAUGUAAUGUUAGAAUGGACUUGAAAAGUUGUUUUUGAUGGAAUUUUCAUCUGUGGUUGGAACAUUUUCUUAGACAAUGAAGAAUGCUUAAUACUCUUGAUUUUUUUUUUUUUUUUUUUUUGCUUUCUGACUUCUUAAAGUGCAGCGGUGUAUAUCUUGGAGAACUAUGGGAGGAGAGAAGAUCAUUUUUCUACCUUACUCCAUGUUCUUCAAACUGUUUUGAGUAGAGAUUCACUGAGCCAUUGCUGUAGACUGUGCGUAGCUGCGAGCUGUGAUACUGUUGUAAGCGGUGCAGAGAGGUUCAUAUAGAAGUGAAUGUAAAGGGGAAUAAAGGCUCUCACUUUAGCCCCAGGCAGUGGGUGUUGGGAACAAAAUAUGAUAUUUAAAAUAUUUCCCCAACUCUUAGGCUAGAUUUUGGUUAUUUUAACUCUCCCACUUCCUAUUCAGGUUUUUGGGAUCACACUUAAGGCUAAUAAUAGGGUUCAAGAUUGCUUCCCUUUUUAUUGACCAUUUAAGGGAUUCUAAAGGGAGGACAUCCCUCUAAAAUUUGUCCUGUGGCAUGCUGAGAUGUCUUUUGCCUUUUUAUGUUAAGCUAAGGAACUUGAAUGCCUUACCUAAUAACUUAACUGGUAGUAAGCUCAUUGUGUAAAUAUGAAAAUGGUUGUUAGCGAAGUGGCAUUCAUGUGUAACGGAUUGUUAGUCAGUAGACCAUAGUGGCCUGAAUGCUUUAAUAAGCAAAAUUCCACAAAUUUUGUUCUCUUUGUUCCUUACAUACUUGUAUGAUCUUCUGACCAGUAAUACUUGAUGUUUUUCCCUCCUGACCUGAUGCUACCACUGCUUUCUGAGAAUCAGAGACGUGGUAGUAAAUCAUACUGUUCACAUGAUCAUUUGAGAUCAAUAUGAGCACAAAACUCAACUAGGUCUGCCUGGAAUGUAUAUAAAAAAGUGUAAAUAAAGAUUUGUAAAUUAGUGUGAAUUGUAUCUUGCAUAGGCGAUUGUGUAUUGUUUUUGCAUUCUCUCCCCUUUUGUAGACAUUUUUGUGUAAGGGAAUGAUCCAGCUCUUUGGCUUUAGACUGGAAAUGGCCAACAGUUCUGGCCACACAGUGGGAUAACAAGAGGAACUGGAAAUAGGGUUUAUCAAUUUUUGUUGACGUCAGUACAUAUUUAUUUAGCCUCUCAGUGCCUAAUAUGACUUUCCUUCGUUCUUUAGUUGGCCAUUAGUUUUGAGGGGUUAUAUUCCUGCAAGCAGUAAAUUAAUACAUUGUUAGGACGUCCAUUUUUUGAGUCAUAAUUCUAAGCUAAAUCAAAUUGAAAUUAUAAUUUCAUGAUUGCAUACUGAAGUAUUAUUCUUUCUUAUUUUCAAGGUUGUUGACCCUUUUCUACAAAUAAUCUUUGAAUUUUUAUAUAUCUCAUUGUGAAUCUUAGGUCCCAUCCAUACAAGAGAUGAUAAAUAAUAGCUCGUAGUUCAACUUAAGCAUAUGUCUCAGUUGGUUUCUCUGAGUAUAGAGAAAAACCAUUAUGGGUUGUAAAAGAUAGAAAACAUGUAAGUAAUCUUUUAAUGAUUGCUAAUUUCAUUUUUGCUGAACUGAAAAAUAUUUAACUUCAGAAGUAUGUUAUGAAAGCUCCCAGAUUUCAAGGAAAAAGUUCACCCAAAUACUCUUUUUAAUUAAAAGUUAAAAACCUCGACUUUUAAAUUUACAUAGAUACUUCUUUUUUGAAUUACACAAAGCCUUCUGUACCAUUUUUGAAUUCCUUCAUGAUAUAAAUGAGAAAACUAACAGUUUGAUUUUCUGCUUUAAAUUGCUUUUAAUAAGCAUAUUAUACUGCAUUCCAAAGUGAUAUAGACUUAAGCUUUUACUACUAGUCAGUCAUUCAGUUGAUAGACAAAGUUAACAACGCUUUAUGCUGGGGGGGAGUUUUGUUAUUGGCAGCGACUUGCACUACUUCACACAAAAGGCAAGUGCUAGCGGUUAUGCGCAACGCAAAGUGAAUUAUUAAGUGUGUGGUAAGGCAGCUUUAUCUUUAUUUCAAAACUGGUUUGCUCUGAUUUUUCUUCUGUAGUUCACUAGAUUUUAGAAUGUCUUUGAAAACUUAGUUACAUGUAAGGCAGUCUGUUUUGUUUUGUUUCUUUUUUUUUUUUUUUUUAAGAAAGACAUUAGUUACAUGGAACUGCCUGUGGUCCUAUUACAUACCGCUUGUGUGAAUACAGUGUUAUGGAUUGAGUUUGAUGUCUUCAGACAGAAAAGUGUAUCAAUUAUUUUAUAUGAAUUUUUCCCCGUCUUUGAAGCUUAGUCUGUAAAUAUGUUACUCUAAAAGAAAAUGCUUGGGUUUGCAUUACUUGAAUACUUGAAAAUUGAAAUUAAGAAGAUAUAUUACAUAAUGAAUUAGAUUUUCCUGAACAGUUUUUACACUAAAAUUUUCAUUUCUGGAUCAUAUUUUGAAAUGGACAGAUUUCAACUAUUUGAAUAGAAAAAAUAAUGAUGGUGCUUGUAGAAAAUACCCCUUUGAGUCUGAGGCAUUUGGAAUUCAAGUUUGUAGUAGGUUUCUGUCCUGAGAUCUGCUUUCUCUUCUUUACUUAAUGCCCUUACUAUGCUUCUGAUGUUAUCAAAUAGCAAGUCAAAAUUUAUUCAUUAUGCAUCCUAUGGCUUUUCUAGUUCUGAAAAAUUGCUCUUUAAAAUACUCGUAAUCCCUAAAUGUAGGCAUAUUUUUGUUUACAUCUUGCCUGUUAAUGGAUAAAUACCAUUAAUCAUUUUAACAAACCACUUAUAAGGUGUUUGUAAAAAUUGAAAACAUUACAUGUUCUAUUUGAACUAAUAACUGAAGGGGUAAGAAAAAUCUGGCUGAUUUGAAUUGGUCCAUUAGUUACAUUUCAAAACUCUUAAGAAAAGGACUUUGAUAGGUUGAGACCUGAUGGUAUCCAGGUGAACCAGCUCCUGUGAACUGGAAAAGACCCCCUAAGAAGCAGUGGAGGAAUUGAGAGUAUUUACACGGUAGUGGUGUGCUGCUGCUUAGAUUACGUAGUGACACACUGAAAUUUUCACUGUCCAGUAAUCUGAAGAAGUUUCCUGCUACUUAUGUGUACUUAAAGUAACUAUAGUUUGGUGGAAUCUGCAAAGAGGAAACGUUUCAACUCUACUGUAUUUAGGAGCAUUUGUAUAGCUGUGUGAAGUUUCCACAAUAUGUUAAAAUACACUGUUAUUUUAAGAAAGAAGACCUGGCAUUAUUCCAUGUUCUUAUAAGAUAACGUCCUUAUCAGUUUCAGAAGAAAAAAACAAAAUAAUUGUCAUUGCAUUUGCUGUAUGUUGAAUUGGGAAAUUGCGACCUAGAGGUUAAAAUUGUGUUUAUUAAAUGUGAACCACAGUAGUAUAAUGCUGCUCUGUAUAUACUGUGAGUGCUACAGAUAGUCUCAGCACUGACAAUGUAUCGAUACCUCUCAAAUGAACGCAGCGUUUGAUGUAGGUGUUCUGAUACGCCUCGGAAAGUAUCUGAGUGUCUGAGAACUUGUUCAUCUGUUUGGUAAUGAAGAUACUUCCUGGUUUUUUUUUUUUUUUUUUGUUGUUGUUGCAUAUUUUCAUGUUUAAAACUUAAUUUUUACAUUUUUACUACUGUUAAUUUAAGUAAAAUUUGUUCUGUGGUUAAAAUGGGGUUGCCAGUGAAGGUAAUUAAAAACAACCCCAUUCAUGUAACUGCUUAAAUAAAAAUACAUUCUUGCUAUGUGUUCAUAAACUUUUAAUGAAUCUGUUUGUAUUUCUGUUUAAAUAUAAGUGAUGUUCAGGCUUUAUUUCUGUUUCAUAAGGCCUUUUACCAUUGAUUAAAUGAAGGAAUGUAUCUUUUUGAAGAGAUUUAUAUUCUGUAAAUAAAAAUUGUAACAAUAAAGUUGGGUUCUAACUGCUUGUAUCCAUAAAUCUUGUUACUUCAA